AUGGCUGACGCGAAGCCGCAGACCCUCCGCGCGUGGCUGCACUCCGCCGUGGAGUCGCGCGGCGACGUGGCGGCCAUCGUAGUCACGCAGGGAGGCCCCACCGUGACGCACGCCGCGCUCGAGGCGGCGGUGGAUGGCGUGGCGGCGCAGCUGAGGGCUCUGGGAGUGCGACCCGGCGAUCUUGUGUCUCUCGCUUUCCCUAACUCGCUCGAGUUUGUGAUCCUUUUCCUCGCAGUUACGCGUGUUCGCGCCACAGCAGCUCCGUUAAAUGCAGCGUACACGGAGGAGGAGUUCAAGUUCUAUAUGGAGGACGCGCAGGCGCGCCUGCUUCUUCUCCCCGAGGGCGGCACUCCCAAGGCUCAGGCGGCCGCUGCUGCCUUGGGAGUACCGGUGGCGCAUGCUGGGAGCUACGGAGGCGAGGAGGGAGUCCCCCUGUCCCCCCUCCCAGGCCUCUGCACCCUCCCACACGCCCGCAUUCCCAACGGAAACCCCUUUCUCUCUUCCUCCCACCCCCCUCUGGAAGGAGUCCCCCUGCGCCCAUCCGAAGGCCUCUCCGCCCUCCCACCCGCGGACAUCCCGGACGGGCCCGGCCCCGGGCCCACGCCCGACCCCGCUGACGUGGCACUCUUCCUGCACACGUCAGGCACGACCAGCCGCCCGAAAGGCGUGCCGCUGACGCACGCCAACCUGGCAGCAUCCAUAGGGAACAUCAUAGACACAUACGACCUCACUUCUGCCGACCGGUCUUACCUAGUCAUGCCUCUGUUCCACGUGCAUGGGCUGAUGGCUGCUCUUCUCGCCUCUCUCUCCUCUGGGGGCUCCGUGGUCCUCCCCGCCUCUGGCCGUUUCUCCGCGUCGACCUUCUGGGACGAAGUGGUGCAGAGCGGUGCCACGUGGUACACCGCGGUGCCCACCAUGCACCAGAUUCUCCUCUCCCGCCACCGCUCCCACGGCCCGCCCACCCUCUCGGGAAAAUCUCAGGGGGAAUCUCAGGGGGAAUCUCUGGGUGAAUCCACCGCCUCUGUCACUGCCUACCCGCCUCUGCGUUUCAUCCGCAGCUGCAGUGCCAGCCUGGCAGCGGCAGUGCUGGAGGAAAUGGAAACAGUCUUCGGCGCUCCCGUGCUUGAAGCAUAUGCUAUGACCGAAGCAAGCCACCAAAUGACUGCCAACCCUCUCCCUUCCAAGGGAUCCCACAAGGCUGGGUCUGUGGGGUUGCCGACAGGAAUCGAACUCGCGAUCUUGGACGAGCAGGGGCGGGAGCUCGGGGUGGGGGAGCGCGGCGAGGUGUGCAUUCGCGGGGCGAACGUUACGGCUGGUUACCGCAGCAACCCGGCGGCGAAUGAGGCGGCGUUCGCGUUCGGGUGGUUUCACACGGGAGACGAGGGGAAGAGGGACGAGGAGGGGUAUUUGUACCUGACGGGGCGGCUGAAGGAGCUGAUCAACAGGGGUGGGGAGAAGAUCUCGCCGCUGGAGGUGGAUGCUGCGCUGCUGGCCGUGAAAGGCGUGGCUGAGGCCGUUGCUUUCUCUGCGCCUGAUGCCCACUACGGGGAGGAGGUGAGUGGUAUGGGGAAUGGGGGAGGAAAGGUGAAUGCAGCAGUGGUGUUGGAGCCAGGUGUGUCUCUCACCCAGGAGGAGGUGCAGGAGCACCUGAAGAAUCACCUGGCGGCCUUCAAGCUGCCCAAGCGCGUCUUCUUUGUCGACCAUCUCCCGCGCACCGCCACCGGCAAGAUUCAGCGUCGCUUCGUUGCCCAGGCCAUGCUCAGUGGCGAAGGCACUGCUGCUGCUCCUGCUGCAGCUUCGGCUGCUCCUGCUGCUGCUGCCCCUUCCCCCUCCCCCUCCGCUACCCUAGACGCCCCUGCUCUCAUCGCCCUCUCUCUCGCUCGUCUCGGCGUCACCCACCUAUUCGGAGUCAUCGGCAUUCCCGUCACGGCCGUCGCCACAGCAGCGCAGCAGCAGGGGAUCCGCUUCCUCUCCUUCCGCAACGAGCAAGCAGCAGGCUACGCCGCAGCAGCCUACGGCUACCUCACAGGAACCCCCGGCGUGCUGCUUACAGUGUCAGGCCCGGGGUGUGUGCAUGCACUGGCAGGGGUGAGUCAUGCUCAGGUGAAUACCUGGCCGCUGCUGCUGCUCUCUGGGUCUUGCACACAGGAGGAUGUGGGCCAGGGGGAUUUUCAGGAGUUGGAUCAGGUGAGAGUGGUUCGGCCGUUUGUGAAGGAAUCCGGGCGGGCAAAGUCGAUUGCGGAGAUCCCGGGGGUGGUGAAGCGGGCGGCGGAGGCGACGGUGGCCGGGCGGCCCGGUGGGGCGUAUGUGGACCUGCCGGCCGAUGUGCUGCACGGGAGUAUUUCUGAGGAAGAUGCGAGGAAGCUUCUGGAGGACGUGAAGCCCCUGGUGCCGCUCUGGUGCACCGCUCUGGACCCCUCUGCACCGCUUGCAUCAGCCCUCGAGUCAAGUCUCACAGAGGCGAUUGCUUUGCUGAGGGAAGCUAAAGCACCUCUGCUGGUGGUGGGGAAGGGGGCAGCAUAUGCUCACGCUGAGAACCAAAUAGCAGCACUGGUGGAAUUGACUGGGAUUCCCUUCCUCCCUACACCCAUGGGGAAGGGUGUUUUGUCCGAUACACACCCCCUGUGCAUCUCUGCUGCUCGCUCAUUGGCUCUUUCCCAAGCUGACGUGGCGCUUGUGGUCGGCGCGAGGCUGAAUUGGAUCCUGCAUUUCGGCCAGCCGCCAAAGUGGGCGGCAGGAGUGAAGUUUGUCCUGGUGGAUGUGGACGAAAGCGAGGUGGCGCAGAGGCGGCCGGCGGUGGGGCUGGUCGGCGACGCCAGGGCGGUGGUUGGGCGGCUUGCGGCACGGUGGGCGGCGGAAGGAGGGCAGAAGGUUGCAGCAGACAACCCCUGGGUCUCUAAGUUGAAGGUUAGCAAGCCAAGACAUGUGAAGCUCAGGCUGUCUUGUACCCGUCCUUCAUGCCUCUCAAUUCCCUCUCUUGUUCCCAUUCCUAUCCCCCUGACCCCUCUCCGUCCUCUCACCCAUUGCAUGGUGUUGGCCAUUGCCGUCCUCUCACUCAUUGCAUGGUGUUGGCCAUUGCCGUCCUCUCACCCAUUGCAUGGUGUUGGCCAUUGCCGUCCUCUCACCCAUUGCAUGGUGUUGGCCAUUGCCGUCCUCUCACCCAUUGCAUGGUGUUGGCCAUUGCCGUCCUCUCACCCAUUGCAUGGUGUUGGCCAUUGCCGUCCUCUCACCCAUUGCAUGGUGUUGGCCAUUGCCGUCCUCUCACCCAUUGCAUGGUGUUGGCCAUUGCCGUCCUCUCACCCAUUGCAUGGUGUUGGCCAUUGCCGUCCUCUCACUCAUUGCAUGGUGUUGGCCAUUGCCGUCCUCUCACCCAUUGCAUGGUGUUGGCCAUUGCCGUCCUCUCACCCAUUGCAUGGUGUUGGCCAUUGCCGUCCUCUCACUCAUUGCAUGGUGUUGGCCAUUGCCGUCCUCUCACCCAUUGCAUGGUGUUGGCCAUUGCCGUCCUCUCACCCAUUGCAUGGUGUUGGCCAUUGCCGUCCUCUCACUCAUUGCAUGGUGUUGGCCAUUGCCGUCCUCUCACCCAUUGCAUGGUGUUGGCCAUUGCCGUCCUCUCACCCAUUGCAUGGUGUUGGCCAUUGCCGUCCUCUCACCCAUUGCAUGGUGUUGGCCAUUGCCAUCCUCUCACCCAUUGCAUGGUGUUGGCCAUUGCCGUCCUCUCACCCAUUGCAUGGUGUUGGCCAUUGCCGUCCUCUCACCCAUUGCAUGGUGUUGGCCAUUGCCGUCCUCUCACCCAUUGCAUGGUUUUGGCCAUUGCCGUCCUCUCACCCAUUGCAUGGUGUUGGCCAUUGCCGUCCUCUCACCCAUUGCAUGGUGUUGGCCAUUGCCGUCCUCUCACCCAUUGCAUGGUGUUGGCCAUUGCCGUCCUCUCACCCAUUGCAUGGUGUUGGCCAUUGCCGUCCUCUCACCCAUUGCAUGGUGUUGGCCAUUGCCGUCCUCUCACUCAUUGCAUGGUGUUGGCCAUUGCCGUCCUCUCACCCAUUGCAUGGUGUUGGCCAUUGCCGUCCUCUCACUCAUUGCAUGGUGUUGACCAUUGCAAACCCCAUGGACCUGGGCAGGACCUUGCUGAUCGCCCCACUCCCAUCCCUCCUUCUCCCUCCCUCCCCCUCCUCCCGCCUGCUCCUCCCAUCUAUCCAGGCCAAGGCAUCAGCCAACAGCGUCCGAAUGGAGUCUCUUCUUUCCCAGGACGCCCACCCCCUCAACUUCCACUGCUCCCUGCGCGUCCUCCGCGACAAGCUAGCCGCGCUGCCCCCCUCCAUCACCACCCUGCUCUGCUCUGAAGGCGCCAACACCAUGGACAUGGGCAGAACCGUCCUCCCCCAGUUAACCCCGCGCUCACGGCUUGAUGCGGCCACCUGGGGGACCAUGGGCGUGGGGUUGGGGUAUGCAGUGGCUGCUGCUGUGGCGCCGCUAGGGGAGGAGCGGGAGAGUGGGGGGAGUGGGAGUGAGGGUGGGGAGAAGGGGAAGAGGGAGCGGCUGGUGGUGGCGUUGGAGGGGGACAGCGCGUUUGGGUUCAGCGGCAUGGAGAUUGAGACCAUGGUGCGAUACAAUCUGCCCAUCAUAGUCGUAGUGAUGAACAACGGAGGCAUCUACGGGGGCGAUCGCAGGGGGCCCGUCCAACUGCCAGACAGCACCCGCAGCGACCCGCCCCCCACCUCCUUUGUGGAAGGCGCGCGCUACGACCGCAUGAUGGAAGCAUUCGGAGGACGCGGUUACCACGUUACCACGGUGCAGGAGCUGGGAGCGGCGCUGGAGCAGGCGUUUAAGGAGAGAAAGCCUGCAGUGGUGAAUGUGGUGGUUGACCCUUUGGCUGGUGCUGAGAGCGGUCGUCUCACCCACAAGAACUAG